UAAAUUUAUUCUUUUGGCGACAGAACACGCAACAAUUAAAGAAUUCCGGAUAAAAUCAUCGAAUUUUACAGUUUAUAAUAUAUUUUAAAUAUUUUAAAUAUUAUACUUCUGUUUUGUACAAAAAGUAGAAAUGUUUCGCGCAACAAAAAGUUUAGCCUUAAGGGCAUUUUCACAACGUCAAACUAUUUUUCGUCGAAGUUAUUCACAGAUGAUUAACCAGAUGUUGCAGAUUCAACAGAUGGAAAUCUGCGCCGAUCCUCCCUCGCGAGGCCUUAUAAUCGGAGUCUAUGCCGAUGAAGAAGACAAGAACGAUGCGGGAAUCCUCACGCAGGCUGGUUGGCGCUACAAUGUCCAGAAGACGCAUGGACGUCUGCUGGAGGUGCUGCGAAUGGCUGGACCAAUGCCCAAGCGGGGUGAAACUCGAUUGCUAUUCGCGAUAGAGCCGGAGCGCAUACCGUAUUACUCUGCCGUGGCCGUAAUAGGUUUAGGAAAGGAAUGUCUGGGCUAUAAUCCCUACGAGGUACUCGAUGAACAGAAGGAAGCCAUUCGCCGUUCAGUGGCCGAUGCUUGUAGGAUCCUGGCUGAACUGGACACCGAUCGCAUUGAAGUGGAAAACUGUGGCCACGCCGAGUCCGCCGCUGAAGGCGCAGCGUUGGGAAUUUGGGUGUACCAGGAGCUGCGUGAUCCCAAACGUCGGAUGUCAGUCCCAUCUAUUGAUUUAUAUACCAACAAGGAUGAGAUCUGUGACAUUGAAGGCUGGCGCAUUGGACUGCAGAAAGCGGCUGCACAGAACUUAACCCGGCAGCUACAAGAGAUGCCUUCCAAUCUGCUGACGCCCACGGCGUUUGCACAGAAUGUCGUCGAAGUUCUGUGUAAAUCGGGCGUCAAUGUGGAGGUCAAAGUUGAGGGCUGGGCUGAAAGUCAGUCGAUGCAUGCUUUCCUUGCGGUGGGCAAGGCAUCCUGUGAGCCACCCAUUUUCUUGGAACUGAGCUACUAUGGCACAUGUGCCGAGGAACGCCCCAUAGUCCUCGUAGGUCAGGGUGUAACCUAUGACGCUGGAGGCUUAUGUCUCAAAAAGAAGGGGGAGCUUUUCCAUAUGCGUGGUGACAUGACCGGAGCUGCUGUUGUGGUAGCCACCUGUCGCGCAGUAGCGGGACUCCGAUUACCAGUCAACAUUCGCGGUCUCAUUCCACUUUGCGAGAACGUUAUUGGUUGCAACUCAUUCCGUCCUGGCGACAUGGUCAAGUCUAUGAAUGGAAAGACCAUUGAGGUCCAGUGUACUGACCACGAAGAUGUCCUGGUUCUAGCUGAUGCGUUGCUGUACGGUCAGAACUUCUGUCCCAAGUGCAUCAUUGACAUUGGCACCUGUUCCGGCUAUAUGCGUCAGGCCUUGGACGAGGCUGCCUGUGGUAUCUUCACCAAUUCAGAGAUCCUCUGGCAACAGAUAAAGCACGCGAGUAUGCACACUGGAGAUCGCGUCUGGCGUUUCCCAUUGUGGAACUACUACAGCAAGGCUGUGCGAUCUGGGGGACGCAGUGACGUUCAGAACUAUGGCAUUGGUCGAGGUGGACGUCCUUGCAAGGCUGCUGCCUUCCUCCGCGAAUUCGUUCCAUGUGGCCAAUGGAUGCACAUUGACGCCACCAAUGUCAUGGUAACAGAGGGCGUCGAGUAUGAGUAUCUGCGACGUGGCAUGGCUGGCCGGCCGACUCGUACUUUGAUAGAAUUCAUUGCGCAGACCAUUUGCAAGGAUACCGCUCCAAAGAUGAAUAAGUAGAAUAAUAUUACAGAAGUAGGCAGACGUUAUGGAUGAUUAGAAUCAAUUUUCGCUGGAUGCUACAGAUCGCACACGAAGCUCUUUUAAUUUACAGACGAUUUAAAACUGUUUAAGGAAUAAGGAGACGGGGAAACAUUAAAAUUCUCUCGUUUAUUUAUGGAAAAGAAUUUAUCAAAUUAAAAGUUUUAUCAAAAGCGA